UAUGCAAAAAAAAAAAAAAAAUGGAAGGCAUCCUCGUUAGAAGAAGUGAUGGUUCUGCUCUUCACUCGAUUACCAUCUUGAAAGGAUCAAAGAAACAUGCAUCCCAUCUAUUUCAAUUUCAGUUUGCUGUUGGGUUUGUUGAUUCUUUCAGUUCCAUCACUACGAACUCAAUCUUCUACACUCUUGUCCGAACAACAUCGUACAAUCGAGGGUUUAGUCAAGCGUUUGGAUUCCGUACGACUAUCUCCUUCCGCACAAGAAUCAGCUGCACGGGGUGUAUUGCAGAGAUUGAUUCCCACCCAUUUUCACAGCUUUGAUUUCGAGAUCGUCUCAAAGGAUGUUUGUGGUGGAAACAGCUGCUUCUUGAUAGAAAAUCACAAUUCACGAAGCCGAAAUGGACCUGAAAUUGUGAUCAAAGGUACUACAGGAGUGGAGAUUGCUUCAGGGCUCCAUUGGUACUUGAAGUAUGCAUGUGAUGCUCAUAUUUCUUGGGACAAGACUGGUGGCAUCCAAAUUGCUUCAAUUCCUCGGCCGGGGCAUCUUCCUCGUUUAGCUUCUGACCGCAUCUUGAUCCGACGCCCUGUCCCUUGGAACUAUUAUCAAAAUGUCGUUACAUCGAGCUAUUCUUAUGCUUGGUGGGAAUGGAAAAGAUGGGAGAAAGAAAUUGACUGGAUGGCUCUGCAAGGUGUUAACUUGCCCCUUGCAUUCACUGGGCAGGAAGCUAUUUGGCAAAAGGUUUUCAUGGCAUUUAACAUCACCAAAGAAGAUCUGGAUGAUUUUUUCGGUGGACCGGCUUUUCUUGCUUGGGCUCGCAUGGGAAAUCUUCAUAGGUGGGGCGGUCCACUGUCACAGAAUUGGUUGGAUAAUCAGUUGCUUUUGCAGAAACGGAUACUUUCUCGUAUGCUAGAGCUUGGCAUGACUCCAGUUCUUCCCUCAUUCUCGGGCAAUGUUCCAGCGGCUUUGACAAAGAUAUAUCCCUCGGCAAAUAUAACUCGGCUGGGUGACUGGAACACGGUGGGUGGAAAUCCUCGGUGGUGCUGUACUUAUCUCCUGAAUCCUUCUGAUCCUCUCUUCAUCGAUAUUGGAGAGGCUUUCAUUAAGCAACAGAUAGAAGAAUAUGGAGACGUAACAGACAUCUAUAACUGUGAUACAUUCAACGAGAAUACUCCGCCCACAAGCGAUACUGAAUAUAUAUCCUCACUAGGAGCUGCAGUGUACAAAGCUAUGUCCAAAGGUGACAAAGAUGCUGUCUGGUUAAUGCAAGGUUGGCUUUUUUACUCCGACGCGGGAUUUUGGAAGCCGCCUCAGAUGAAAGCACUCUUACAUUCCGUUCCUUUCGGGAGAAUGAUAGUUCUCGAUCUAUUCGCCGAGGUUAAACCAAUAUGGAACACUUCUUCCCAUUUUUUUGGAACUCCUUACAUCUGGUGUAUGCUUCACAAUUUCGGAGGCAACAUCGAAAUGUACGGUACUCUAGAUUCGAUAUCUUCGGGGCCUGUUGAUGCUCGUCUUAGCAGAAACUCAACCAUGGUUGGUGUUGGGAUGUGUAUGGAAGGGAUAGAGCAGAACCCGAUUGUUUAUGAGCUAAUGUCGGAAAUGGCAUUUAGAGAAAAGAAAAUUCGUGUUCAGGAAUGGUUGAAGACUUAUACCCGAAGAAGAUACGGGAAAGCGAAUAAUCGAACUGAGGCAGCUUGGGAAAUUCUCUAUCACACUGUCUACAAUUGCACCGAUGGAAUUGCUGAUCAUAACACAGAUUUCAUAGUCAAGCUUCCAGAUUGGAAUCCGUCAAUUCGUGAACGAGAUGAAUCGGAAGAAAAAUCAGAUUCAGACACGCUUCUCGCACUGCAUGGAACAAGAAGAAGAUUCUUGAUUCAAGAUUCGAACUCCAAUUUGCCUCGAGCCCAUCUGUGGUAUUCCAACGAGGAAGUGGUCGAAGCCCUCCGGAUUUUCCUACAAGCCGGAGAUGAUCUUUCUGGGAGCUUUACAUAUAGGUACGACCUGACUGAUUUGAUGCGACAAGUUCUAUCGAAGCUAGCAAACCAAGUCUACAUCGAUGCUGUGACCGCUUUCCGGGAGAGAAACACUGAAAACUUAAAACGAUUCAGUGAGAAAUUCCUUGACCUUAUAAAAGAUAUCGAUGUUCUCCUCGCUUCAAACGAUAAUUUCCUUCUCGGGACAUGGCUUGCAAGCGCAAAGAAGCUCGCGGUAAACCAUAACGAACGGGAACAGUAUGAAUGGAAUGCCAGAACGCAAGUGACGAUGUGGUACGACACGAAGGACGCGAACCAAAGCAAGCUUCAUGAUUACGCGAACAAGUAUUGGAGCGGGUUACUUGAAGAUUACUACUUGCCUCGGGCGGAAACAUACUUCGGUUUCCUCGUGAAUAGCUUGCUAGAGAAGAAGCAGAGGCUCGAGCUCGAGCUCGAGAGCUGGCGAAGAGGAUGGAUAGCGAUUUCGAACGAAUGGCAACGAAGCUCGAAGCUUUAUCCCGUGACUGCCCGAGGAGAGACGUUGGCCAUUUCGAAACGUCUCUUCCGAAAAUACUUCGCUUAACGCGUGAAAACGAAGGCUUGAAUUAGGGGUGGUCAAUUCAAUUAAUACUUAAUAAUUUGAAUAGACGAACAAAUCUAGAAAACACAUGAUUAUAAUC